GGAGGCGGUGGUGGAGGCGGUGGAGGAGGUGGAGGCAGUGGAGGCGGUGGUCUGGUGGAGGGGAUCUACUGCGGCAGCGUCAGCUGCUACGAACUCCUAGGGGUGGAACGCACGGCCACACGGGCUGAGAUCGCGCGCGCCUACCGCCGCCUGGCCCGCCGCGACCACCCGGACCGCUCCGGCUCGUCGGGCGGCUCUGAGCGCUUCGUGACGCUGGCCACGGCCUACGAGACCCUCCGGGACGCGGCCGUGCGGGCCGCCUACGACGCCACGCUGGACGGCCCCGCCGGGCGGCCGCUCCGACACCUCUACGACUACGACUACGCCAACACCAACACCUACACCUACAACUACACCUACACCUACAACUACUACUACACCUACACCUACAACUACGCUCGCUCGCUGCUGCUGCUGCGGCGGGCGCCGGUGGACGCCCGUGCCGUUCUCGCCGGGGCGGUGAUCGUGGUGUCGGUUAUACAGUACAUGAGCUGGUGGGCCCGCUACCAGCGGGCCAUCUGCCACCUUGCCACCGUUCCGCGUUUCCGCCUCCGUGCCGAGGACAUCGCCCGAAGGGAGGGGCUCCUGGGGGUCCCUCCAAGGGGGGGGGCGAGGGGGGGGGCGAGGGGGGGGGGGAGAAGUCGUCACGAGGAGCAGGAGGAGAUCAUCCGCGGGGUGAUCCGCUCACACGUGGACAUCCAGGGUGGCUACCGUAAGCCCCGCGUCACGGACGUCCUCCUGGUGCGUCUGCUCCUGCUCCCCUACUCGCUGCUCCGCUUCUCCGCCUUCCACCUGCGCUGGCUGUGGCUCUUCACGGUACUGGGACGGGAGCUGGGGCCCACCGAGAGGCUCCACCUCACCCGCCACUCCCUGCGGCUGAGCGUUGAGGAGUUUCGGUCGAUGUCGGACGAGCAGCGGGAGAGACUUGUACAGCUCGCUCUGUGGGAGAAGCGGAAUAUGGAGGAAUUCCGUAGGCAGCAGCAGGAGGAGGAGAGGGUCAGGCUGGCCCAGGAUUCCCGUUGGAAGCGAUUCAGGCGCUCUCAACGCAGUGACGGAGCCGGAAGAAUGACGUUCUCAGACGACUGAGACACACCCAGCUACUUAGACACAGUGUCUCUCUACGUAGACACAGUGUCUGUCUACGUAGACACACAGAGCUACGUAGACACACCGCACUACGUAGACACACCCUGCUACAUCGACACACACCGGGUUUGAUUAACAGAGACACCACAGUGGCUGGGUGAGAUGUUGACCACCUCGCCUGAUCUACAGGAGGUCGUGGUAGAUGUUGACCACCUCGCCUGGUCUACAGGAGGUCGUGGUAGAUGUUGACCAUCUCGGCU